AUGUCACACCCACCGUCUACACCGGUUAAGGUGCCGACGUCGGCAGCGACAUAUACUCCCGCGACCCUGGAUCCGGAUUUGCGGUCGCAAAUCAAUAUGCUGCUCAUACGCGACGGCCACAUUACUAAGAUCCAAGACCACCUGCUGCACGCGCUCAACUCGCACCCCUCCAACUGGCCGUCGAACGUGCAGGCGCACGCGCUCGCCCUCCUGCGCAACGGCGACGCGACCACCUUCCCCGCCCUCGUGCGCCGCGUCCUCGAGGACGUGCGCCAGGAAACCGCCGCCGCCGCCGCCUCGUCCUCGUCCUCGUCCUCCGACACCAACGAACCCACCAAUAGCAAUGGCAACAACAACGGCAAUAGCGCCGCCACUACUCACGGCGAGGUGAACGGCACGGCGGCCGCCACCAACGGCAGGUCGGGGGCGGUGAACGGCAGCGGCGCGACGUCCUCGUCCUUCUCGACGUCGUCGUCGUCGCCGCCGCCGCCCCUCGCCGGCGACGGCAGCCUCGCCGUGCCCCCCGCCGUCGUCGAGGCCGUGCUCAAGGUCACGCGCGAGUGCCUCGAGGCCGUGUGCGAGGUCGACGACGGCUCGUCCGCCGGCUAG